AUUCGCAAGCACCAUAUUUCUUGCUCGUCCAAUCACAGAUGUAACGCAGUCGAAAGAACAAAUGUAACGUAACAUGUCACAGCGUGCCAAAGUUAUUCAGUUGUACAAAACGUUAUUGCACAUGGGUCGAGACUAUCCAAAGGGAUAUCAAUAUUUCAGAACCAAGCUGAGAAGAGCUUUUGACAAAAAUAAAGCAGAAACUGAUUAUGAAAAAAUAGAUAAAAUGAUAGGGCAUGAAAGAAUGAAAAUGGCUGCUUGCAUAGCUGUUAUUGGUAAAGAUAACUCACCAAAGUACAUCAAGUGUGCGGAUGAAGCAUCUGCGUUGCAAUUUCAUUACAAGGUGCACACAUCAAUUGAUAUAAUAGAAGAAAAACUGAAUGUUGGAAACAAAGCAGCUAUUGAUAUACGUGAUUUGUAUUUAGGCUUGUUAUUUGCAACGGAAGAAUAUAAAAUAUAUGGUUACGCUACAAAUACAAAAAUUAAAUUUGUUAUAGUAUUACAAUCAUCCAAUAUAUCAUUAAGGGAUAACGAAGUAAAAAUGAUGUUUAAGAAAUUGCACGCUGCAUAUUCCAAUGCUGUUUGCAAUCCAUUUUAUAUUCCAGGUGAUGAACUAAAUUCUAAGUCAUUUGACAUGUCCGUAUUAGAAAUAAUGGGUGUCAUAUAAAAAAAAAGUUACAUGACAAAUAACAAAAACCUUAUUGCGAAUUUUCACACCGACACAUGGACAGAUGAAGUAUGUGGGAUCUAUCAAGGAAUAAUUCAGUCAUUGCGUACAUAUAACAACAAGCUGUAUCGCACUUGAUACUCUAUGAUAAUAUGCUAAUAACUUAAUAAGUGUAGUUGUAGAUGUUAAAUAGUGAAUCGAUGAAUGCUUUUUUUCUUUGAAAUGUAUAUGUAAUUUCUUUUGUAUAAAGAACUUUCAAACGA